GCAAGCUAAGAUAACCCACAAAAAAAUCCCCAAAACCAUUGGAAUACCCAAACAGAUUUUUUGUUUUUCCACACACACCACACCAACACAAACCCAUAUCAUCCAUAGGCGGUGAAUACACACCUUGCACAUGCUUUCAUCUCAAUAAACCAAACCAAAUCGAACCAACAAUCCUCUCCCUCUGUGUGUGGAUCGCUCUGUUUUCCUAAUCUUUUUUCUUAACACACACACAAUUUCCCCCACCACUCAUUUAUUUCCUCAAAAACCCUAAACACAAAUAAUUCUCAAUCAAAAUUGGUGUAUUUGCAGAAACGGAGCAUUUACGUUCAAAUUCCAAGUAUGGGGUGAAGAAGAAGAAGAUAUAGAGGUGGCGAAUUUGGUGAUGGAGUGGGACAGCAACUCAGAAGAAGAAGAUGACGUGGCGUUGAUUGAUGAAGAAGAAGUUGAGGAGGAAUUAGAAGAUGAUGAUGUGGAUGUUGAUGGUGAUGGGGAUGAGAAGUUAGGGUUUAUGUUAAGUGGUGGUGGUGCUGCUUUACCUUUCCCAAUUGACUCACUAUUACAACCAGCGCCUUGUGGUUUUGUAGUGACGGAUGCAUUAGAACCAGACCAUCCUAUUAUUUAUGUUAAUUCUGUCUUUGAAAUGGUUACUGGUUACCGUGCUGAAGAAGUCCUUGGUCGCAACUGUCGCUUCUUGCAGUGUAGAGGCCCAUAUGCCAAACGAAGACAUCCUCUUGUCGACUCAACUGUAGUAGCAGAAAUUAGAAGAUGCAUUGACCAAAGGAUUGAAUUUCAAGGCGAACUGUUAAAUUUUAGAAAAGAUGGAUCUCCCUUGAUGAAUAGACUGCGUAUGACUCCUAUAUAUGGGGAUGAUGAAGCGAUAACUCAUGUUAUUGGAAUUCAGGUCUUUAAGGAAGUAAAUAUUGAUUUGGGUCCACUUCCAGGAUCCUUUGUAAAGGAGCCUACAAGACUAUUGGAUAGGUACCGUUCUAGUCUUUCUUCUUGUGGACCAGUCACAGAAGGAAACCGCACCGUCAGUCGUGGGUUUUGUGGUAUACUGCAGUUGAAUGAUGAAGUCCUAGCCCUCAAGAUUCUUUCACGGUUGACCCCAAGAGAUAUUGCAUCAGUUGGCUCUGUUUCUAGACGACUUUAUGAGCUGGCAAAAAAUGAAGAUCUUUGGCGAAUGGUCUGUCAAAAUGCAUGGGGUAGUGAAACAACUCGUGUGUUAGAGGCGGUGCCAGGAGCUAAGAGAUUGGGUUGGGGUAGAUUGGCUAGAGAAUUAACUACUCUAGAAGCAGCAGCAUGGAGGAAGCUAACUGUUGGAGGUGCUGUUGAACCUUCACGUUGCAACUUCAGUGCAUGUGCAGUGGGGAACCGUGUUGUACUCUUUGGUGGAGAGGGGGUAAACAUGCAACCAAUGAAUGAUACUUUUGUAUUAGACUUGAAUUCCAGCAAUCCCGAGUGGAAAUAUGUCAAAGUAAGUUCUCCUCCUCCUGGACGUUGGGGGCACACACUCUCUUGUGUGAAUGGAUCUCAUCUUGUUGUAUUUGGGGGCUGCGGAAGGCAGGGCCUCUUAAAUGAUGUUUUUGUGUUGGAUUUGGAUGCCAAACAACCAACUUGGCGUGAAAUCUCUAGUUUGGCGCCUCCGCUCCCAAGAUCUUGGCACAGCUCCUGUACCUUGGAUGGGACCAAGUUGAUAGUCUCUGGUGGUUGUGCAGAUUCUGGUGUACUUCUCAGUGAUACUUUCCUGCUUGAUCUGUCUAUGGAGAAGCCUGUGUGGCGUGAGAUACCAGUGACGUGGACUCCACCUUCUCGUUUGGGCCACACACUGUCUGUUUAUGGAGGCAGGAAAAUACUUAUGUUUGGGGGUCUUGCCAAGAGCGGUCCUCUGCGUUUUCGAUCAAGUGAUGUGUUUACAAUGGAUCUCAGUGAGGAAGAACCCUGCUGGAGAUGUGUUACAGGAAGUGGAAUGCCUGGUGCUGGAAAUCCUGGAGGCGUUGCUCCUCCGCCAAGGCUUGAUCAUGUGGCGGUAAGUCUUCCUGGUGGCAGAAUUCUGGUCUUCGGUGGGUCAGUUGCUGGUCUCCACUCAGCAUCUCAGCUCUACAUUUUGGACCCAACAGAAGAGAAGCCUACAUGGAGGAUAUUGAAUGUGCCUGGUCGGCCUCCAAGAUUUGCUUGGGGACAUAGUACGUGUAUUGUUGGUGGAACUAGGGCAAUAGUCCUCGGAGGUCAAACUGGGGAAGAAUGGAUGCUCAGUGAGCUGCAUGAACUAUCUCUAGCAAGCUCUGCUAUAUGAAUAAAGAGAAAGGUAAUAAUCAAGAGAAGGUGUUGUGCUGAAUUCACAAUGAAAAUUUUCCUCAAGAAUAAAGAGAGUCCGGAGCAAAACUAUUGCAGUGCGGUUUUUGCAUUGCACAAAAUGCACAGAUGAUUAGCAAAGUAUCCUUGGUUAUUAGUGGCUGUCUUGUUUAUUCUUGUGUGGCUCGUAGGCCAUGUUGAGCAGAUGGUCCUGUUGAGCAGUUGGUCUGAAUUGGGCUUGAUUUUGCAAGGUUUGCAUGCAAUGAUUUCGCUUGAUGCACUUGAAUUAUUCACCCGUUGAAAUCUAGGUGUAGCUUGAUAGAUCAUUAGGUUAUUCUGUAUUCUUAGGUUAAUUGUGUAUUGAUGUGUGUGUGUUGUUCAAGUCCCUGUAAUUUGAACCCCUUUGGGCGAACAUACAAAAAUAGAAAUAGUAAAGGAAAAAAGGUAAAGAUUUGCAGAACCAGAUUAAUGGGAGUCUGUAUUAGAUUUAUAAUUACCCCUUGCUGUGUUCAGUAACAGUUCAUGCGAUUACAUGUUUGUUAUCCGUUUGAGCAUCUCAGACUCGAACAGCUUCACAUCUUGUGGCAAGCAAAUUGUUAUAAACAGUGUCUUACCUUGAGAUGAUC